ACUCACCAGGUCCUCGCUUGAUGUCGUCUGUAUCGGCCAAGCAUGUCUUGCUAUCAGAAAUCCUCACAGUCACCUCGGUGAUGCGCAAGAACUCACGAUGGGCGCUCUCAGUACACACCCUGACAGCUCGCGACUCUGCUCUCGCUCGCGACCUUGGUCUUCGACGCGCGAGCCCAAAUCCCGAUGCAGAACGCGCAGGAUAUAUCAGCCGCGAAGCUGAUCUUAUGCUGGGAUUCCAGGAACUGAAGCGGACCAUUCGUGACAUUGAAGAUAUUACCACUCUACCAUUGCCGGCUCUCCUUGGACCUUUCUUGGCUCUCAUUCGCUCGCCAUUGUCUACUGGCCCGAUUACGUCUACUGCCUUGUCAUCGCUCCAUAACUUCUUUGUGUGUGGACUCAUUUCCGGCAACUCGCAAUCUCUGGAUGUCGCCCUUGCUGAACUCAGCAACUCGGUCUCUCGAUGCAAAUUCGAAGCAAGUGACUCAACUGGGGACGAAGUGGCACUACUCAAAAUCAUGACAGUCAUCCAUGACUGUAUAUGUGGAAGCGACAUAGGCGAUCAACUAGGCGAUGCAGAGAUUUGCGAGAUGCUGGAAACUGUUCUAACCACCUGUUGUCAGAUGAGACUUAGUGAAAUCCUUAGGCGCUCCGCGGAUUCCACAAUGCACAUGAUAGUGAGAAGGAUAUUCUCAAAGCUUCAUACCUUAGACCCUGCCACGGAAGAGGCCAAAUUACAAGUCAAGGACGAGACUGGGCAGGAAGGCGAAAUCAAAGUGUCAGUAUCCGGUGGUCUUCCUGAAGUGGCACAAGGAUCGGCGGAGGCUCCGGAGCCACAGAAACCUGAGACCGAGAAGGAGAAUGACGGCUCCACUGAGGAACAGGCCGAACAGACUGAGACACUCUCACAACAUCAAGUACCCCCGGAGCAUCCAGGACGGGAGCCUUCCCCAACUGAAACUCCGACAUCUGCACCUAUACGCCCUUAUGGCCUGUUCGCUCUAUUAGAGCUUCUCCGUGUCGUUGUGAAUAUCUUAGAUCCCAAUGAUCAGAUUCACACUGACUCGACGCGGCUGAUGGCCCUUGGCCUCUUGAACGCAAUAUCCGAAACUUGCGGCAGCAGACUUGGCGACUUUCCAUCUCUAUCAGCCCUCAUCGUUGAUCCUGCCUGCAAAUUCCUGUUUCAACUUGCUCGGUCGGACAAUCCUUCUGUGCUGCAGGCUGCUCUUCGCACUAUAACAACUGUUUUUGAGACUAUGCGACCACAUCUCAAGCUGCAACAAGAACUAUUCCUGGCCUUCACUAUUGAUAGGCUAGCACCCCCUGCAUCCACAAAGCCACCCAUCUCCAAAAGAGCUGCUGCUACUGCAUCACCUCGACCUGGAACACCUGUAUCAGCUACCCCGGACCUUAAGAUUGCUGAUGAGGCAGAUGCGGAAAAGGGUAGCUCUGGGCCCUCACGACCUGCCGUUGCACCAGCGCGGGGAGACAGUCGGGACUUAAUGUUAGAGACUUUGAGUCAUAUUUGUCGGCAUCCCAGCUUCAUGGUGGACUUAUACGUCAACUAUGACUGUGAUAUUAACUGCGAGAACUUGUUCGAGCGUCUCGUUGACUUUCUCACAAAGGGAGUGUAUCCAUGGCAGUCUUCGACAGUGUCGGAGGCACAACAGUUGCAUUCACAGUACCUCUGUCUCGACCUGUUGCUUGCAUUUGUAAAUGACAUGGCAGCGAGAAUGGAAGGGUCUGCAGAGCCUUGGCCAGAUCACUUCACUUCUCCGGACGAGCUCAUGCAGAAACGGGCUCAGAAGAAACUUGUCACCAUCGGCGCGGCCAAGUUCAACUCCAAGCCAAAGCUCGGCCUUGCCUUCUUUGAAGAGAACAAGCUCAUUUAUUCAGACCAGUCAUCCGAUAUCUCUCGUGCGCAGAGUCUGGCAAAGUUCUUGAAGAGUUGUACACGUCUAGACAAGAAGCUGCUUGGAGAAUAUAUCUCUAGGCCUGAAAACAUUGAUGUCCUCAGGGCAUUCCUGGAGCUCUUCGACUUCAGAGGUAAACACAUAGCUGACGCUAUGCGAGAAAUGCUGGAGACUUUUCGCUUGCCUGGUGAAGCACAACAGAUAUCUCGCAUCACUGAGACAUUUGCCUCGGUUUACUUCGCCUCAGAGCCUGCCGAAGUCAAGUCUGAGGACGCUAUUUACGUGCUUGCAUACUCGGUGAUUCUGCUGAACACGGACUUGCAUAAUCCUCAAAUCCGGAAACGUAUGACCAUCGAGGACUAUACACGCAACUUGAGGGGCGUGAACGACAAUUCCAACUUUUCGCCUGAGUUUUUGCAAAGCAUCUAUGACUCUAUCCGCAAACGCGAAAUUGUCAUGCCGGAGGAGCAUACUGGUCAGCUUGGGUUUGAAUACGCUUGGAAGGAGCUCCUUGCGCGCUCAAGGCAAGCAGGCUCUUAUCUUAUGUGUAACUCGCCUCUGUUCGAUUUGGAUAUGUUCAAGGCUGUUUGGAAACCUCUCAUUUCCGCUAUCGCCUACGCAUUCAUCAGCUUUGACGAUGAAUAUGUCAUACAGAGGGCAAUCUCUGGCUUCCGUCAGUGCGCAACGCUGGCAGGAUACUUCCAGCUUCCGGAUGUAUUCGACUUUGUUGUCGUGUCUCUUUCACAGGCGACGAGUUUGUUGUCGGACGACAUUCCUGUACUCGUGCCGAAUUACCCGAUAGUUGACGUUGAAGGGCAAUCAGUGACUGUUUCCUCUGUUUCCGUCAAAUUUGGGACCAACUUCAAGGGUCAGCUGGCUGCCGUUGUACUGUUCAAUAUCGUUAACGGCAAUGGCAAUGCGUUGCGGGAAGGCUGGACCCAGAUUUUUGAAAUGUUCCAGAAUCUAUUCAUCCAUUCUUUGUUACCUACAAGGAUGUUGCAGAUGGAAGACUUCCUCGGAGGUGUUUCCAUGAUACCACUUCGCGGAAGCCAACCUUCCAAACCAGCUCCUAGAAGUGACGGAGGAUUGUUAUCGACUUUGUCUUCUUAUUUGAUGACACCCUAUGGUGCCAGUGGAGAUAACCUUGUGCCUGAGGCUACUGAUGCUGGGAUAGAGAGCACGCUGUGCACUAUUGACUGCAUCACAUCUUGCAGGCUAGAUGAGUUGUAUGCACAAAUCAUCGAGCUUGAUCCCGAAGCACUUGUUGCAGCCAUCCGGGCCCUCGAGGCCUUGGCACAUGACAGGACAAUUGCUAGGCUGAAGCAAGAAACCGACGAAGAUGGCGCACCUUUCGAAUCUUCGACCACCGAAGGCGGACCACGUAUUCUCCCAUAUGACCCUGCAUCUGUCUUCUUGUUGGAGACUAUGGUUAGCAUUGCAAGCCAAACCUCUCAGCACAUAGAAGAAUUAUGGCCUAUACUCUUUGAGCAUUUGUCGGCACUGCUUUCGGCGGCUUCUCACUUCAGUGUUCUACUCAUUGAACGCGCGGUAGUCGCACUAUUGCGAUUAUGCCUUAUCAUCACGGAGAAGAAUGCUCUACGUGACCAGCUCUACCUGUCUCUCGACUUGUUGGCAGGCCUUCCUGUUUCAGUCGCAAACUCUGUCGCCGAACAGGUCGUUGCUGGUGUCAAGUUGAUAAUGCAACACGAGAAUAUCAUCAGCUCGCAAACUGAAUGGAACCUAAUCUUUGCUGUACUUCGGUCAACGAUCUCAAAUCCGGAGGCUGCGAGGUCAACAUACGACAUGGUGGUGGCGUUGGCAAACGACAGGCCUCAACAACGUGUAACACCAGACAAUUUUGCCGGUCUGUUGACUGUUCUCGAUGGAUUUGCUAAUGGCGCUGGCGUAGCUGUUACCGCUAAACAAGUUAGGGGUCGCCGUGCGCCAAUCCAACCCCCAGCAAAUACUCCCGCUAUUGAACGGGGGAAAGCUGCGAUCGACUUGAUCUUCGAACUCAAACGAUUCUUCGCCACAUUCGCUGAAAACUCCCAGUUGUCGCCUGGCCAAGUGUGGCAUCAAUUUUGUCUCCCGCUAGUGUCAGUGCUGGGGAAACAAUCCUCAAAUCCCUCCCGCUUGGUGCGACACACAUCAGUCGGGCAGCUACAACGUGUGCUUCUUGGCCCUCACCUCAGCUUCGACAAUGGUGACCACAGCCAAGUGGAAGAGAUCUUUAACAACGUCAUUUUCCCGAUGCUAGACGAGCUCCUUAAACCCGCUGUCUACCAGCUUGAUCCCCCAGGCAUGUCCGAGACACGGCUCAGAGCUUCCGCUUUGCUGUGCAAGGCCUUCAUGCACUUCGAAGUCCGAGAGAGCCGACAGAAGACGGACAUCAGGGUUUUGUGGAUCGAGGUCCUCGACCUCCUGGACCGGCUCAUUCAGGCGGAGAAGAGUGAACAACUCUACGAGGCCAUAUCCGAGUCACUCAAGAAUGUCGUGCUGGUCAUGAACGCCGCGAACAUUCUUGUACCCCCUUCAUCCCCCGACGAACGCGACGAACACCAGCGGACUUUGUGGGCUGCAACUCAAGCGCGUAUAGAUAGGUUCUUGCCCAGGUUCUUGAGUCAGGUGCUUGGUGUAGGUGCCGUGCCCGUGAUUCCAGAUGUUGAGAUUGUCCCGCCCACUCCUUCCACGGCUUAAACCUACAGAGCUCCUCGACUCAACUUCAGCGAACAGAC